AUGCGUUUUCUCAGCGACCUGCAGAUCUUAAAUUUAUCUCUAUGCUACGAAAUUCCAAUUUGGGCACUUUAUUUCAUCAGUGUGGCCGUGAUCUUUCUUAAAUGGAGUACCGUGAAAUCCUCGUUUCUCCAAUUCUACAUAUUUGAGUUUCUCACGAGUAUUCUAACAUUCUACAAUACCUAUAUAUCUCUUCGAUUACCAAACAUCGCCGGGACCGAUGAUUCUCUAUCAAGACGUUAUGCUAGUAAAAACGAGACCGACUUCUUUCAUCAAUUACAAUUCGCUCUGCAAUAUCACAUGGCCUACGUACAAUAUGCAACUACAAUGGUAGUGGCACUGAACAGAAUGGCGAUAUUGCAAAAUGCGGAAUAUUUUGAGAAGAAAAAUCGACGGUACGGCUGGAUUAUAAUGUGCGUUAUCAUGCUAUGCCCAAUUGCUGCAACUUAUGAAGUUUUCUUACACGAUGCAUACUACAAGUACAUUCCCUCCACCAAUAACUACUAUGUGUACAGUGGAUGCUCAAGUCCCGAUCUUUUGAAACAAUUAUUCUAUUUCAUGUGCGUCUGCUUGAGUCUCACCACGGUUUCUAAUUGUUUUGUUUUUGCAAAACUAUGCUUUUUUCCAUUAACACCACGAAACUUAGAGACAGAAUUCUUUUUCGUCUCCUUCAUGUCAAGUAAUACGCUCACCAUUGGAACUGUAUUGACAUAUGGAAUGCGUAGUGCUACGCCAGGCACUCUUCUGUUUGAAGUCAACAAAAUACUUCUCCCUGUUGUUAGUGACGUCUUAUCCCUCAACCAGCCGUUUUAUCUGAUUUUUUACCAUAAACCAGCGCGGAAACUGUUUUUCGACAUCAUCCACGAAGUAUUCCGUUGUCUUUGUUGUCGGAAACCACGAGGAAUCAGACCUGUUGAUGUUACGAUUCUCUGA